AUGCUUGUCACCACUCUUCUACAUGUACUAAUCGCUGCUGGCGUGGCGGCGAGCAAAUGUUCGAACCCGCACCACCCUCCCCCUCCCAAAGGCCUUACGUGGGGUCCUUGCCCGCCUACCCAGAAUCCCAACAACGUUACUAUCGACUGCACUACCCUCGAAGUCCCCCUUGACUAUGCCAACAAGGAGAGCAACGAGAAGCUCACGCUAAACCUGGUCCGCUACCCGGCGACAGCAGAGAAGAAGCUCGGCACCAUCCUCACCAACUUUGGCGGCCCCGGCCAGGAGGGCCUCUCCAACAUGCCCAUCUACGGACCUCUCUUCUCCCCCAUCCUGAAGGACCAGUACGACUUCGUCAGCUGGGACCCGCGUGGAUCCGGCCAGGCCCUCCGCUUCCAGUGCGUCCCGCCCGAGAACAUAACCUUCAUUCUCGGGAGCAACGGCGCCAACGCGUCGGCAACCGCCGCUGAAGAGCUCUGGGCUGAGGCCGCCGCCGCCGCCGACUUGUGCUACGAAAAGAACAAAGACCAUGGUCACCUCAUCGGACAGGUUUACUCCGCGCGGGACAUGGACAGGAUCGUUGAUGCCCUGGGCGACGACAAGCUGAAAUACUGGGGUAUUUCUGGUGGCACUACCCUUGGUGCUGUCUAUGGCGCCCUUUUCCCGGAGAGAGUCGGCAGCGUUCUUCUAGACGGCGUCUUAAACUCGCACCAGUACUACAGCAAGACCGGCGAGGACGAGUCAUACGCCGCCGCCGACCGAGCCGUGCGCGGCUUUCUCGAAGGCUGCCUGGCCUUCCCCGAGCGAUGCGCGCUCUACCGCGAGGGCCGAACCGCCGAUCAGCUCGAAGACGAAAUCUCCACCCUCUUCCAGAACCUCAAAACCAACCCCAUCCCCAUCACCCUCCCCGGCUCCGACACCCCCGCCGGCUUCAUCCGCUACUGGGACGUCCUCAGCAUCUUCUACCUGGCCAUGUACCGCCCGGGCCAAUUCAUCUCCAUCGCGACGGCGCUCGACGGCCUCCUAACCGGCAACCUGACCACCGCCAUCGCCGCGCUGACCCCGGCACCCACCAGCGGCACCCCCAACCCCGACGUCGGGCCCCCCGCCGCCGAAGCCAUCCUCGGCAUCCGCUGCGGCGACAAGAAGCCGCGCGUGGACACCCUCGAUGGCAUGCGCCCGACGUACUUGGAUUUUGAGGGGACGACGAGGUGGUUCCUGGAUUUUUGGGGCCAUUCGAACCACUUUGUCUGCGCGCAGUGGAAGUUUGAGGCGCGUGAGCGGUAUGAGGGCGACUUUCAUGUUGAGACGGCUAAUCCGAUCUUGUUUGUGGGGAAUACGUACGAUCCUGUGACGCCGUUUGAGUCGGCGAGGAAUAUGAGCGAGAGCUUUGUCAACGGGGCGUUGCUGCAUUUGAAUGGCUUCGGGCACUUGAGCAUCUCCGACGAGUCCGACUGUGUGAAUGAUGCCAUCUACAACUUUUUUGUGAAGGGCGAGUACCCUGAGAAGGACACCGUCUGUCAGCCCAACCUGCCCAUCUUUCACCCGGAUAGAAAGGAGAUCUUCAACGCGUAG